UACGUACUGCGGAACCUUGUAUAGGCGGAGCGGGUUUCUGGUAAAGCAGAUCAGGGAGGUGCACGUAAAGAUUUCUACACACAAGGUCGUGUCCCCCGCGCCGGUUUGGAGGUAUAUUUUUUGGGUAAAGAUGAUGUCCAUAGCUGCCCGUUCCGGGGCUAUUACCCCGUACAUGCAGGCGACAAAACAAACAGUUACAAGCCUGUUGUCCCCGGGAGUAAAGACUUUGGUGCCUGCUGCUGCUCCAGGAGGGGUCCGCCUCUCCCACACAGAUAUCAAGAUUCCUGACUUCACGGACUACCGCCGCCCAGAGGUUACCGACCCCAACAAAUCCUCCCAGGGGAGCAGUGAGGGAAGAAGGACCUUCUCUUACCUUGUCACCGGAGCAACCACCGUCGUUGGCGUGUAUGCCGCCAAGACGGUGGUCAGCCAGUUCGUCUCCUCGAUGAGUGCAUCAGCAGAUGUCCUGGCCUUGUCCCAGAUUGAGGUUAAGCUCGGUGACAUCCCCGAAGGCAAGAACGUGACCUUCAAGUGGAGAGGAAAGCCCCUGUUUGUCCGUCACCGCACAGAGAAGGAAAUCGCCGCAGAGGAGGCUGUGAACAUCGCAGAGCUGCGUGACCCCCAGCACGACAAGGAGAGAGUGCAGAACCCCAAAUGGGUCAUCGUCCUCGGGGUGUGCACGCAUCUGGGCUGUGUGCCCAUCGCCAAUGCAGGAGACUACGGAGGCUACUACUGUCCUUGCCAUGGCUCCCACUACGAUGCUUCAGGAAGAAUAAGAAAGGGACCCGCUCCUCUUAACCUGGAAGUUCCCUACUAUGAAUUCCCUGAUGAGGACACAGUGGUGGUGGGAUAAAUACUGGAGCUCUGUCCGAGUUCCUCUCUGUAAUAUGUAUUUUUUGAUGCUUUUAAGAGGUAGGGGUGAAAUAAUAUGUAUUUGCUAAUAAAGACAUAUUUCCAAACUCUA